AUGCUUAAUAUACAUUGCCGAUGGUUGGACUUUGCUUGUACGCACCACCGGUCGUUCUACCGGCCCUGGUCUCCGAACAACCUCGCCGACCCGAACGCCCCGUUCUUCUGCUGUCAUGUGGUGGAAGCAUUUCGCACACUCGGCUCCAGCGGCCCGGACUACCAUGCUGUGCUUCAUGAUGGCAAUUGUGCGAACACUGAGACGGCGCUUCUCCAUGAGAAAGCAGCCCUCCCCAACGACGUGGUGCCCUGUGGCUGCCGCCAGCAGUUCGCUCGUCAGACACACCGAAUGUGCCUCUUUACCGUAUAUGAUGAUCUGACAGGAACGUACGGCGCGGGCGACCCCCACGUUACCGGAAGACAAGCGGCGCCCGAGAUUGCUUCGAUUUGGUGUAGUCACCUUAUCUUGGAUGCGAUCAAAUGUGGAAUACCUACCCCCGCGAGACUCCUCAUCCACGGUGAACACGGUGAGGGUAAUUUUUGGGGGGCAUAUGAUAUCCCGUAUCUUUGCAUCCAAUAUACAGUCUCACCUCCCGCAUUCUAUUCAUACCGCAGUCGCCCACGUCGGGACGACCUGAACUCAUCUGCCGAUUGCUAUCAGUGGUAUCCGUACGCUCCACCACUGGAGCUGCGUGCGUGUCUUCACGUGUUAGGUCAGGAUUUGCCCUCGCUCUCGGUGAGCGGAGCAGGGCAUCUAGAUCUUCGUCCCUUCGGUUACAUUGAUACGACCGCACUCUCGUCCACCUGCUCUUCAUCGCCUUCUAAAAAAAACUGA